GUAUGGGUCAGUGUGAUGGGACUUCUCUCAGCUUGACUGGACUUUAGACUACACAGGACAUCCCCUGUCCCACGCUGUGCUCUGCUUUGUCCAGCUCCCUGAUUAUGAGAGAACAGACCUUACCCAGGUUCAAGUCACAGACAGGACUCUUACCAGGCAUGCUGAAGCGCACCAAAUACAGUCGUCUGCGCAACGAUUCGCUGACGUCUCUGGAGGACCGGCCCCAAAAAAUGCUGCCCCUGAAGAGGGACCUUUGCUUAGACUCUGAUUUUGCUCAGCUGGAUCCUGGGACACCUGAACACCACGGGCCAUCCACCCUGAGGGACUUCAUCCCCCGUGUGGCCAACAUCCGAUUACAAAGUCCUAUUUCCCUGCGGGGCCUGAGGGGACAGACAAACACACCCAGGGACAGAACCAUUGACGGACAUGCUGACAGACCCUUGUCCAGAUCAGAGUGGGGCUCAGGACAUAAUCAGAGAUUUUGUAGCCAGCCUUCCUUUCAUGCGCCCCUAUCCACUGUCCAAAACCUAACUCACUCGGCUCUGCACCGCACAAAAAGACCCAUCACCCUGCAUCGGAUGGCCAGCCUCCCCUGGACCCCGGGCUGUCCUCCUUGCUCCCAACACAAAGGUGGUCUGUGCUGUUUGAAGACUUUCUCUGCAAUAGAGGACUGCACAAUUGUGGGGACAACAAACAGAGCAGUUCACCAUCACAUCAAGUACAUGGGUAGUGUAGAGGUGACCCAGUCCAUGAGAACCCUCGACUUUGAUACAAGAAUGCAAGUCACACGAGAGGCAAUCAGCAGACUGUGUGAGAGGACAUCCACCAAGACAGCAGUGAAAAUUAAAAGGCCUGCAUUCAAGGGACUGUCUGCUGUUCUGGGUCAAAUCAACCUGCAGUUUUCUGGGAGCAGGGUCAUCCUCACUGUCUCCACAGACAGCAUGACUCUGAUCACUGCCUCUUCCUUACAGAAGAUUGCCCACCACCCCAUGCAGGCCAUUUCAUUUGCCUCGGGAGGAGACCCAGACAUGGCAGACUACAUUGCUUAUGUUGCUAAGGACCUGGUCAACCAGAGAGCAUGUCAUAUCCUGGAGUGUCCGCAGGGUCGGGCCAGCGAGGUCAUCAACAGCAUCGGUCAGGCCUUUGAGACUCGUUUCCGCCAACUUCUCAGCCACACGCCGUCACUCCACUCCACUAAUCCCAGGUUAGCGGUUAGAAUCUGCAGCAACUGGAGCCCAGAGGAGACCAUAACAAACCAGAAAGACAAAUGGGAUGAUGAAGUCAACGAGCACCAGAAUUACUAUAACGUGAUUCCAGGAAAGACACCACCUCCUGGUGGAAUAGUGGACCUGCGGAUCACAAAGGGAGAAAGCGAACAGGAUGCUGGCACACAGAGGGUUUGUUCGUCUCAGCCUGUUUCACUGUAUGAGAACUGCUCCAUCACAGAAGAGACUUCAGCUCCACCUGCAGUGGAAUCUGAGGUCAGUGCUGAACAGUGUUCUCCUCACUCUGAGACAUGGAUCCAGGACCUGAUCCAGGAGGAGGGCUGGUUUCAUGGCAGGUUAGGAAGAGAGCAGGCAGAGUCUCUUCUCACAUGUAGUGGAGAUUUCUUGGUCAGAGAGAGCAGCUCUGCCUCCGGUCAGUAUGUCCUCAGCGGUAUGGAGGGAGCCACCGUGCGGCAUCUACUGCUGGUUGAUCCACAUGGACAGGUACGGACCCGUGAUCAGGUGUUCCUGAGCGUCGGUCACCUGGUGCGUUUCCACAUGGAGAGCCAGAUGCCCAUCGUUUCUGGGAGCAGUGAGCUGUGUCUUAAACAGCCCAUCCUACAGAGACACUAACACACAAAUAUUCAAAGGCUGCAUAUCUUAGCCUUCAGCAGCUGUCCUUAACAUUUCCGGAGCUGAGGCGCAAUGUGGCCAAGCAACAAAACUCUAAACUUUUCAACAUUUUUAGCUGCCUGAAAAUAUCAAAUCAACCAAGUCUUCUCAACGUGUGGGCCAUCAAGUACACACACCAUACAGUAUAUGUAUGGUGGAUGUAAUAAGUUGGCGUCUACAUCUGAGUAAAUUCACAAGUCACACUUAGUUGAGAACAGCCUCUGGCCUGCAGAACAUCCUGUCUCUUUUUCUCAGGCUGAAUUUGCUGGUGCUUACACAGUCUAAGCACAAUCACUGGCGUCGGGAGGAAAUUACGAGAAUGUUGGCAGACUUUCAGAAUCAGUUUUUUUUUACAUGCUAAAUUUGUCUUGUGUCAUAUUUGUCUUAUCUGUUGUCGUUCUGUGUUGUCUUUUCCCAUGCUUGACUUUUGAAAAGAGCCUUUCAUUCCUCUCAUUUGUUGCAGUCUAAAAAUGGAAUCUAAAAUGUUCUUUCUCAUAUAAAGUGGCAAACAUGCAAAUGGAGAUUUUUGCUCCCUAUA